AUGUGGGCCUGGAUACGCAUCGAAAUCUUCCGGUCCGUCAUGAGAAACGAAAAGCUAAACCUCGAAAUAGAGCACGUCGAUUUUGAUCGCUCCCUCCAACCAGCAGACGAUGACAUCUGGGCAUGGCGGAUGUGUCUCCACACCGUUGACGUGCUGAAUUACUGCUAUGGAGACAACAAACGCCGCGAGACCUACGACCAGCUGGUAUCAUACGCCGCGAAGUGGAUGAGGUCGGUUCCGGAGUCGUUCACGCCGGUUUUGGUGCAAGCCCCGUUGCGUGGUAGCUUCUUCCCGGAGAUUCUUCUUCUGAACGAUUCCGUUGUGAUGGGGCUUUUGUUUUAUCAUGUCAACCGUAUCCUCUUGACGAUACACAACCCCGAUGCGCAGCGCCUGGCUAAAUUAUCCAAGCAAGCGGCUCGGUCGAUCAACAACGAGAUUUUUACCGACGUGAGAAUACUUGCUGGUAUGGCGGAUUCGAUCAGCCCAUGUAACCCAGCUCACGUAUCUGCAUGCAUGGCAAUAGUGUUGGCGGGCGACCGUUUCACAUUCCAAGAAGAGCAAGAAGUCCUCUACGAUUUUUUAUCAAAUACUGCAGAUGACUUUAGCUGGGACGUAUCAUUGAUCCUAGCGCACUUGAAAAAGUCAUGGAAUUGGCCCGAAGACAUGAUCUUGUAG